UGGCCACACUCCGCGGUACUUCGCAUCAUGUGAACAACCAGAAUGCGAUCGCUAAAACUCGUAGGGACUAAUGAAUUUUAACUCGACAAACAGUAUUAAACUAUCGUAUUAAACCUAAGUCGUUCGACUAAGAGCAAUAUUUAAUAUUUUCCUUAGUAUUAAAAGUUUUUAAAAUAGUUUUAGAAGUUUAAUGUAGCUCAGGCUUUGUAACGUGUUUACGAUAGCUGUAAUUACUGUUGUGCUUGGCGUCUACUAACAAUUUUCAAGAUGCUGCAAGCCAUUAUUCCAGUACUAGUCCUCGCAACAGCGGCGUUAUCUUCCAGCAACAUUCUUCCAUUGCUGUCCAAAAAUCAACUGGAAACAGAACCAUUCGACUUGAAUGAUCUACAAAACGACAAUAUAUAUAGCAGUCAAUUUCAUAAUAUAAAAUUACCCGGCAGCCUAUAUUUGAGCCCGCAGUCCGAAGUACAAGACGAUAUAAAUCUGGAAUUUAAAAAAUCAGAAUUACAAUUCCCAGACCCUAAAAACGAUGAAUGGAUAACGAACUUGAAUAUUAUCAAUAAGAAAGAGAACUACAAUGAUGAGGGGUUCAGGCAAGAGCAAUGGCAUAACUAUCCCAGACAACUUGAUCGACUGCACAAAUAUUUAUACGAACAUUAUAAUGUUGAUAAAAGGAGCUUGGACGUCAACGGACAACUUGAAGACGAAGACAGAGAGCAACAAGCUUUAGACGAAGAACCAAUAUAUGAAGCAAUGGCCAACAAGGCCGAUUUAAAUGAAAACAUUGACGGCGAAUACGUCCGUUCUGCUGAUCCUAUGUUAAAAGACAUUCGCUUUGAAUAUAAAGACGAUGUUGAAUCAGCAAUCGUAUCAGAAACUCAACCGAGAAAGAACGAACGUAAAGAUGUAAACGCACGACUAAACAUUGAUUUAAACCCCGAAAUCGCUUUAUUAAAAGAUAAAUUAGAUAAAACCGAAAAUACAGAAAAUUCCAUGGAAGAAAAUAAAGUGGUGGCAAAAAGGAUAUUCUCCCUGUGGAGUCGUCUCCAAGGUCUGAACCAUAACAGAGGCCAUGAGCUCCACCACAGGCGGCAUCUGCACGCGUUCUAUGGACUUCCUGACGGCGACGGAGGAGGAGUGUUAACUGCUGAAACCAGGGCUACAUUGAUGAGACCGCCAGGAUCUCCGCUUAGAUGGGGUUGAUAAAAUAUGAUCGUGCUUUGCUCGGUCUAUGUUCGCUUAGAAAGUAUUUAAAGUAGUUGUUGACUGAUAUUAAAGUUCUAACUAAAAAAUAUUUUUUGAUGUUAUUUCAUGAAACUGAAUCACUGAAUACAACAAUUAGGCUCAAAAACUUAAUGUGUAAAAUAUUUUGUGUUUUAUUUAUUUAUUAUAAAGACAAUGUUUAGUACUUUAAUUGUUCCUAAAUUAAGUAAAUAGAUUAUUUGAAAUAAAAACAUGUAUAAUAUAAGCUAAAUAGCUGAUCAGAACAAUAAAACGACCAAAGAAUAUUAACUCAGACAUUUGUCUGAUAUAAGUAUUUUUGAAUUUAUAACUUUGUAGAGGAAUAUUAAAUUAUGUAUGAUGUAUCUCCGUUUGUGCAUUUAUAAUGUGUAACGCUUUACGUCUUUUAUUAGAUUUACAAGUUAACCCGUGUAACUUCCGCUUCUAUUGUGUCUAUAAAAAUUCAAUAUACCUAAUAUGAAACAUUGUAAUGGAAUGUAUAGUACUAAUGAAUUCCUGGCGUAAUAAUAUAUACCUAGUCGUUAUAUAUUUCAUGUAAAUAAAUACCAAGUAU